UACUGUAUCUCAAAUUAAGAAGAAUGAUGUACUUUCCAGUUUUGUUUUUGCUCCUUGUGGAGACAGCUCCCUCUAGUGCCCAAUUGAAUUUGGCUCUGAGAGGAGAAGCGACCCAGAUUGACACAUACAAUGAUCUUGGGGAUGCUUCCAACGCCAUUGACGGCGAUCGUGAGUCUAACUACAAAAAGAGAUCAUGUACGCACACAUCAAGCAACACUGCCCCCUGGUGGAGACUGGACCUGCAUGAGACAUACGCAAUUACCUCCAUCAUCAUCACAAACAGAGGCGACUGCUGUCCUGAGAGACUGGACGGGGCUGAGAUCCGCGUCGGCAACUGCUUAGACAAUAAUGGGAACAACAAUCCACUAGUGGCUACGAUUUCCCAUAUCGAACAAGGCUCUUCUAAGACCUUUACUUUAUCCCAACCUGUUAAAGGACGUUAUGUCAAUGUGUUUCAACCAGGAAACAACUUUUUGACCCUCUGUGAAGUGGAGGUCUACGGGAAAAAAGAUGAAACUGAAGACAAUGUGAAUUUGGCUCUGAGAGGAGAAGCGACCCAGAUUGACACAUACAAUGAUCUUGGGGAUGCUUCCAACGCCAUUGACGGCAAUCGUGAGUCUAACUACAAAAAGAGAUCAUGUACGCACACAUCAAGCAACACUGCCCCCUGGUGGAGACUGGACCUGCAUGAGACAUACACAAUUACCUCCAUCAUCAUCACAAACAGAGGCUGUCCUGAGAGACUGGACGGGGCUGAGAUCCGCGUCGGCAACUCCUUAGACAAUAAUGGGAACAACAAUCCACUAGUGGCUACGAUUUCCCAUAUCGAACAAGGCUCUUCUAAGACCUUUACUUUAUCCCAACCUGUUAAAGGACGUUAUGUCAAUGUGUUUCAACCAGGAAACAACUUUUUGACUCUCUGUGAAGUGGAGGUCUACGGGAAAAAAGAUGAAACUGAAGACAAUGUGAAUUUGGCUCUGAGAGGAGAAGCGACCCAGAUUGACACAUACAAUGAUCUUGGGGAUGCUUCCAACGCCAUUGACGGCAAUCGUGAGUCUAACUACAAAAAGAGAUCAUGUACGCACACAUCAAGCAACACUGCCCCCUGGUGGAGACUGGACCUGCAUGAGACAUACGCAAUUACCUCCAUCAUCAUCACAAACAGAGGCGACUGCUGUCCUGAGAGACUGGACGGGGCUGAGAUCCGCGUCGGCAACUCCUUAUACAAUAAUGGGAACAACAAUCCACUAGUGGCUACGAUUUCCCAUAUCGAACAAGGCUCUUCUAAGACCUUUACUUUAUCCCAACCUGUUAAAGGACGUUAUGUCAAUGUGUUUCAACCAGGAAACAACUUUUUGACCCUCUGUGAAGUGGAGGUCUACGGGAAAAAAGAUGAAACUGAAGACAAUGUGAAUUUGGCUCUGAGAGGAGAAGCGACCCAGAUUGACACAUACAAUGAUCUUGGGGAUGCUUCCAACGCCAUUGACGGCGAUCGUGAGUCUAACUACAAAAAGAGAUCAUGUACGCACACAUCAAGCAACACUGCCCCCUGGUGGAGACUGGACCUGCAUGAGACAUACGCAAUUACCUCCAUCAUCAUCACAAACAGAGGCGACUGCUGUCCUGAGAGACUGGACGGGGCUGAGAUCCGCGUCGGCAACUCCUUAGACAAUAAUGGGAACAACAAUCCACUAGUGGCUACGAUUUCCCAUAUCGAACAAGGCUCUUCUAAGACCUUUACUUUAUCCCAACUUGUUAAAGGACGUUAUGUCAAUGUGUUUCAACCAGGAAACAACUUUUUGACUCUCUGUGAAGUGGAGGUCUACGGGAAAAAAGAUGAAACUGAAGACAAUGUGAAUUUGGCUCUGAGAGGAGAAGCGACCCAGAUUGACACAUACAAUGAUCUUGGGGAUGCUUCCAACGCCAUUGACGGCAAUCGUGAGUCUAACUACAUGAAGAGAUCAUGCACGCACACAUCAAGCAACACUGCCCCCUGGUGGAGACUGGACCUGCAUGAGACAUACGCAAUUACCUCCAUCAUCAUCACAAACAGAGGCGACUGCUGUCCUGAGAGACUGGACGGGGCUGAGAUCCGUGUCGGCAACUGCUUAGACAAUAAUGGGAACAACAAUCCACUAGUGGCUACGAUUUCACACAUCCCAUCAGGUGUUUCUAAAACCUUUAAAGUUACUGGAGCUGUGGAGGGACGCUAUGUGAACGUGUUCCUCCCAGGAGCAGACAAGUAUUUGACCCUCUGUGAAGUGGAGGUCUACGGAUACGAACAAGAAGGUAAGCCAACUGAGCCAAUAGAUGAACGACCUAUAGAUGAACGACCUAAUGCCAUUCCUGGAGAGGGGCAUGAUGUACUGUAUCUCAAAUUAAGAAGAAUGAUGUACUUUCCAGUUUUGUUUUUGCUCCUUGUGGAGACAGCUCCCUCUAGUGCCCAAUUGAAUUUGGCUCUGAGAGGAGAAGCGACCCAGAUUGACACAUGGGAUGAUCUUGGGAUUGCUUCCUUUGCCAUUGACGGCAAUCGUGAGUCUAACUACAUGAAGAAAUCAUGUAGCCACUCAUUAAGCAACACUGCCCCCUGGUGGAGACUGGACCUGCAUGAGACAUACACAAUUACCUCCAUCAUCAUCACAAACAGAGGCGACUGCUGUCCUGAGAGACUGAACGGGGCUGAGAUCCGUGUCGGCAACUCCUUAGACAAUAAUGGGAACAACAAUCCACUAGUGGCUACGAUUUCCCACAUCCGAGCCGGCCGUUCUAAGACCUUUACUUUAUCCCAACCUGUUAAAGGACGUUAUGUCAAUGUGUUUCAACCAGAAGACGAGUUUUUGACCCUCUGUGAAGUGGAGGUCUACGGGAAAAAUGAUGAAACUGAAGACAAUGUGAAUGUGGCUCUGGCUGGAAAAGCGAACCAGAGUAGCACAAUGCAUGAACUGGGAGUCGCUCAACAUGCCAUUGAUGGAAAUCGUGAUCCUAUCUACCCCCAUCUGUCCUGCACACACACAGACCUCAGUACUAACCCCUGGUGGAGAGUGGACCUGCAGAAGCCCUACUAUGUUACCUUCAUCACCAUCACAAACAGAAAAGACUGCUGUGCUCAGAGACUGGACGGGGCUGAGAUCCGCGUCGGCAACUCCUUAGACAAUAAUGGGAACAACAAUCCACUAGUGGCUACGAUUUCACACAUCCCAUCAGGUGUUUCUAAAACCUUUAAAGUUACUGGAGCUGUGGAGGGACGCUAUGUGAACGUGUUCCUCCCAGGAGCAGACAAGUAUUUGACCCUCUGUGAAGUGGAGGUCUACGGAUACGAACAAGAAGGUAAGCCAACUGAGCCAAUAGAUGAACGACCUAUAGAUGAACGACCUAAUGCCAUUCCUGGAGAGGGGCAUGAGUGAACUGCUCAUUCACACUUUGGACACACUUUUUCUUUACAUUUUCUUCUUUAUUUCCAUGCUCAUUAACCCUGUAGACCAGGUAUCCCCAAACUGCGGCCCGGGGGCCAAAUGUGGCCCUCAGACCAAUUUUUCUUGGCCCUCAAGCUUUCAGUUGAACAGGCCAAUAUUACCUUUAACUGUACUUUUUACUGUACAUUAAGCCCAUAUCAAAUAUGUAAUGUGUCCCAUUGAGGAUGUAAGCAUGAAUAAAGGUCUUGUGGCUCAGUCUAACUUGUAACAAUAAAGCAGAUUUGAAGUAUUCACUGUAUUGGUGACCAGUCUAUGGCCCUCAAUUGGCCCUUGGCUUUGUGUUUUUAUAUGUGGCCCUUAAAGAGAAAAGUUUGGACACCCCUGUUGUCACUGGAGACAUCAAAACUAUGAAUGGACACAUAUAGAAUGUAGCAAAUAAACAAGAAACUUGAAAUAACUCAAAACUUGUUUUAGAUUUUUAAUAAUAAUAAUAAU